CAGAUGCCUCCAAACACUUUUCAUCGAUAUUUGUAUAUCUUUUAGAAUUUUUGAUGGUCAAACAAUGAAGGAAGUUGAUAUUCAUGUGYAUUUUGAGCAAUACACUUGAUAACCCUUUUUAAUACAMCAUGAAGUCGAUGAUGGGACUAAUGGCUAGCUGUAGCACCACAAAGUAGUAAAUUUGGCUAGCCGRAGCCCYUGCUUCUAUAAGCUUAAUGAACCUGAAUCGAGGUACAAGUCUCUCUGAUGGGGUCUAUCACAUGAUCURUGGGUUGAACGAAGAAUACCAAAGAGAGUUUCAAGCAGAGACUGCCCUCAGAAAUCAACCGCUCGAUGAGCUCAGUCUAGAGGAUUUUCUCAAAGACUUUGACACUUCAAAUCUUGUUGUUGAAAAURACAAGUUCUCUUUGGAUUAUCCAAACWCUGUUAAAAGAAUUCUGCACGUUUGCCAUGCCAUUCACAAACAACUUAUACAGCUGACGGUAGAACAAUUUAACGAACAUUUUGGAAUAGACUUGGACUGGACAGGCUCCAGAAAAAGGAUAUUGGAGUGUAUAGMAAUKUUAAARGCUAAYGAUGAUUCAGAACUUGUCCUUUGCUUCUUAUUGUUGUUUUCAACAUUGGAACAUUCUCUUGGUGAUGUAUUUGUGUCRRUGAGAGUAUCAAAGMCAUGCCCUACAAAUCUCAAAGAGCUACUGGUUUCCAAAGAGAUUCAAGAUCUUAUUGGAAAAAGUGUUGCCAUGAUGGCAUUUGUCAUUGCUGGGCCACCACAAGGUGUCAAUCUUAGGAAUGUACUUUGGCAUGGAUUUGCAUCUGGGAAUGAAAUCUCUCUGCAGUAUGGUUCUUUUCUGGUUAUGAUGAUGGUGUAUAUUGGCAGAAGGCUCUCYAGUAUUGAUAUCAAAAGGCGACCAAUAAUAACUUUUUCCAAACUUGAUGAGCUCCUGGUUAUUUUCCCAGUGAUUGAUUCCUGUAGUCAUCUUUCUGCCAUAUCUCAAGUGUUCAGUGAAACUGCAUUUGUGUCUCCAAGAGUGUUACCUAUCUGGAAGAGGGUACUCUUUUAUUACCAAGAACAAAAAUAUGGAUAUGCAUUGGUCCUUUUAAUGCCACAAUUGGAACACUCACUGAGAAGAGUGUUUGCUUGGGUAAAUGGAUGUCCAGAAAGAAUUCUUACAGCUGAAUCUACCACACUUUAUACUACAUUUGAUGAGAUGCUUGAUAAUGUUUUACCUGAUGGCUCAGAGAAUAAACUGAGAACUCAACUUGGUGAUAAUUUCCUAGAAAUGCUUAUGGAUGUACUUGUACACUSUGAAGGGCCUCGUAUUAGAGAUCAYCUUAGCCAUGGAGAAGUCGACCUUGAUGUAGUUCCAAGAGCUCUAUGUAGUCACCUCAUUUGCAUCUGUGUGGCAUUUGCACUUCAUUUCCGCAAUGAUAAAAGUAAAUCAGAUGAGAAUCUAAAGCAUUUGAAAUACUCAUUGAAAAUUGGUGAGGAUUUUGGUAAUUUGUUAUUGGAUGGUAAGAAUGCUUCCAAGCAAGAUGUCAUUGAUUCAAAAAGUAUUAUUACAGGACAAGCUAUCAUGGAAAGUGCUACAGACGUGGGUAAAUGUCAGCCAAGUAAUGAAAAUCAGGAAAUGAUUGAUUCAACAAGAGACACUUGUACAACAAAACAAGACUCAAUAGGAAAUUACACAGCAUUUAGUAAAGUACAGUCAAAUAAUAAGACUAUUUUUCAAAAGACAUCGAUUGCAUUGAUAAGUGAAAAUACAAUGCAAAAAGAUGAUUUUAUUGGACAUAUGGUACACGUUUCUAACAACUACCAAUCAGUCUAUCAUCCUUUUCAAAUUCUUAAAAGAGAGCUCUGUUCUAUAUCAAAACUCUUUGAGGAUACUGUCRGUAUACCUUGUGAUCUUCACGGAGAACUGUCUUCAUUGAACAAUGAAAAAAUAGAAAGAGCCUGGGAUAUAAUAUGUAGCAAAAAAACAAUAUUAUUUUCUGAUUCCUCGGCUGUUUCAAUAAGUGGACCAUUUAGUAUGAGAAUUUCUAAACUGUGUAGUGAUAUGAACAUACARACKUUGUACAGACCAAGAAGAGAAUUGGAGGUUGUUUCCCUGUUGCGCAGCAUCAUUCAACAUUGUGGUAGUAUGAUCGUCCAGGUUUUUAAUACGGCAAAUCAACGUUACCAACAAUGGCAGACCAAGGAAUUGAGAUCACGUCAAAGGAACAACUAUAAGAGACUUUUAAGCUUGUCACCCUUCUAUCAAAGUACUCUUAAAAUAACAUUACUCGUGAUAGUAAAUGAACUUGGUUCAUUGCAAGAUAAGAGUACUGUGCAGCCUAGCUAUAUCAAGUUCUUGAAACGUGUUCUUCAGUUUUCAGAAAAUUUAGACUCGCUGAGUAGUUGUACCAAGAAUCGAUGGGAUGAUUGUCRAACUGUGUGUGAACAACUUCUUGAACUAAUUGUAAAUCAUUACACGAAAAAUACAURAUAGCUUAAUAUUGUAAAAUGGUUCAAUGAUUGAAUGAACAAAUAAAAUAUACUUUAUGAAGCGCU